UCCAGCCCGGCGGGCUACAAAAAUUUUCUCCGAAUGGAUCCUUCUGUAUAUAAGGAACUUUUGGAAAAAGUAACACCUUAUAUAGAAAAACAAAACACUCUUAUGCGAGACGCAAUUUCGCAUGAUGAACGUCUCUCUGUAACAUUGAGGUAUUUGGCAACUGGAGAGAGCUUUGAAAGUUUGAAAUUCCAGUCGUAUAUUUCAACUGCAAGUUUAAGCAACAUAAUUAUUGAGACAUGUGAAGCGUUGAUUAAAGUUCUUAAAGAUUUUAUUUCAUUACCGAAAAGUGAAGAAGAAUGGAAAACGAUAGCUUCUGAAUUUUAUGAACUGUGGAAUUUCCCGAAUUACGAAACCACCGCACUCUGGAGCAUACUAUUUCAACUAUAAGAAGACUUACAGUAUUGUUUUGAUGGCCAUAGUCAAUGCAAAAUAUCAAUUUAUAAUGGUUGAAGCUGGAGCAAACGGAAGAGUGUCUGAUGGUGGUGUUUUGGGAAAUACGAC